UCUCUUUUUUUCUCGUUUCUGUCAACUUAAAUAUUCCACGAAAGCUCAACCAAACCCAUUCCUUCCCACGCGUUUUCUCAUCUCUGCAAUGGCGGUGUCGAAGAGCAUCAACAAGAGCCACAUUUCCGUCCAAUCAGAGUUCAUCAACUCUCUCUCCGACUCAUCGCUCGAUUCUCUGCUUCAGCGUAACAAAAAGAAGCAAAUUCAUCGUUCAAAGCUGAGGGCUUUUCUAAGAAGCUCGCGGUUCUUCAUUUCCCUCGCCUUUUUUCUCGGAUUUCUCUGGAUGUUGAAGAUUCUGUCCAACUUCGACCCCUCCCAGCUCCCUUGCUCCGUAUCUCAAGAGAGCGAGGCAGUAAUCGGAAAUGGGGGUUUGAGUUCUGACUUAGAUUUUGCCGCCAAAACUGGGGAAAAGGGUGAGGAGAGUGAGUUCUGGAAGCAGCCUGAUGGGAUGGGGUAUAGGCCUUGUUUGGAUUUCAGCGGCGGAUAUCGGAGAGAGAGCGGCGAGAUUGUGAAGGAUAGGUCGAACUAUUUGAUGGUGGUGGUUGCUGGAGGCAUGAAUCAGCAGAGGAAUCAGAUUAUCGAUGCUGUUGUGAUUGCAAGGAUUCUUGGGGCUGCUUUGGUUGUGCCGAUUUUGCAGAAGAAUGUUAUCUGGGCUGAUGAAAGUGAGUUCAGUGAUAUAUUUGAUUUGGAUCAUUUCAAGAGUGUUUUGGCGAAUGAUGUGAGAAUAGUUUCUUCUCUGCCGUCGACGCAUGUGAUGACGAGGCCGGUGGAGGAGAAGAGGACUCCCCUUCACGCCUCGCCUCAAUGGAUUCGCUCUCACUAUCAUAAAAAGCUUAGGAGGGAGGGUGUGUUGCUGCUUCGCGGCCUGGAUUCGAGGCUCUCUAAGGAUCUCCCUUCCGAUCUUCAGAAGCUUCGUUGCAAGGUGGCUUUUGAUGCUCUACGGUUCGUCCCACGUAUCAUUGAGCUUGGUACCAAACUUACAGAGAGAAUGAGAAGCAAGGGACCUUACCUUGCUCUUCAUUUGAGAAUGGAGAAGGAUGUGUGGGUGAGGACUGGCUGUCUCCCUGGCCUAACUCGUGACUAUGAUGAGAUGAUAAACAAUGAACGGAAAGCACGCCCCGAGCUCUUGACUUCAAGAUCAAACAUGACCUAUCAUGACAGGAAACUCGCAGGCCUAUGCCCCUUGAACGCAUUGGAAGUAGCUAGGUUACUCAAAGCUCUGGGAGCUCCAACGAGCACGAGAAUCUACUGGGCAGGAGGCGUUCCGUUGGGUGGAAAAGAAGCCCUGCUGCCACUCACCUCAGAGUUUCCCCAUUUCUUCAACAAGGAAGACCUUGCAUUGCCUGGUGAACUCGAGCCAAUAGUUAACAAGCCUUCCCUUCUGGCUGCUGUCGACGACAUAGUCUCUGAGAAUAGUGAUGUGUUCAUGCCAUCGCAUGGGGGAAAUAUGGGGCAUGCUAUUCAGGGGCAUAGAGCCUAUGCAGGGCACAAGAAGACUAUAAUCCCUAACAAGAGACAGAUGAUACAACACUUCUUGAACUCUUCCCUUCCCGAAUCCGAGUUCAACAGACUGAUUCGUGAGUUGCAGCAGGAUUCCAUGGGACAGCCGGUGCUCAGGACCAGCAAAGCUGGGAGAGAUGUCACUAAGUACCCUAUCCCCGAGUGCAUGUGCAAUGGCACGACAGCGCAUUCCGCUGUCUAACUCUCUACGGAUCUCACUCUUUACCACAUGAGUUAUUGCAUCCCAUUCAAUCAUAUCAGUUGAUCUUCAACUGCAUUCUACCAAUGCAAUGGGGCCUGAAAUUGAAGGACACGUUUCGAAGUAGGCUGGGGCAUCGAUGUCUCUGAAUCUUGAAACUGCAGCUAGAGAAAGCUUUCCAAGGAAAAAACUGAAGGAAGUAGCGAGGAGAUUGCAUAGAAAUGAAAUGUUUAGCUAAUAGGUGUACAAAUUGCACCUUACAUUCCUAUUCUUUUCAAUUUAUUUAUUCAUUCUUUGUAGUGCUAAGAAGCCACACUCUAUACAUGUACAGAUAUGGAAAUGAAAUUUUGGUUUAAGUUUUCA